AUGGCAAAACGCCCCUUCCCCUUCAAAGUUAAAUUAUCCGCCAUUUGUGGUGUGUUCGUGGUGUUCAUCCUAGGGCUGGAUUGUUUCCAAAUAGAUCUGUCCUUUACGGACACAUUUGACAGUGUCGACAGCGAACCGUCGCUGCGUGGGCUACAACAACCGCCGAAACCUCAUCCCCACGCGGGCGCCAAGGACUCUCUGGGCAACUACGGCUACGUGCACGAUCCUUCCAUUAUCCGACGCGCCUUUGAGACCAACAGCACUUUAACACGCUAUACUAUUGCGCCCCACGAAUACGAGUCCGUCUGUGCUCCACGGUACGAAGGUCCCGAAGGCUAUUUUGGCUACCAAGCCUUGACGCAAAAGUUAAAUGUGCCGAUAAAACCGCCGUCGAAAGCCGCCCAAAAAUUACGUGUCUUUUGUGGUAUUUACACACACCCCGGUGCCAAAGCCAAAGCCAAUCUACAAGCGAUUCGAGAAACCUGGGGCCCCCGGUGCGAUGGCUUUAUGGCCGCCUCCACGGAAACGGAUGCGGAUACGGGGGUCGUGCAUAUUCCCCAUUUUGGUGGCUUUGAAGGAAAAUACAAGAAUAUAUGGCAAAAAGUACGAUCCAUGUUGGGCUAUGUCGCGGAUAAUUUUGCCGACGAUUACGACUUUUUUCAUUUUCUUGGAGAUGAUACCUUUUUGAUCAUGGAGCAUUUGAAAGAGUUUCUGGUCAGUGACGCCGUCCUCCAGGCGGGAGGAGGGCCAGGGUAUCCCAAGCCCGUCUACACCGGGAACUGGAUGAAGUGCCAAUGGCUCACGCCAUGGAUGUUUGUGCCCUUUGUGCCCUGGAACAGGGCGGAACGACUCUACAUGUCGGGUGGCUCUGGGUACACUCUCAGUCGAUCGGCCCUUCAACAUUUGGUCCGCGAUUUGUUGCCCAUUUGUGAAGCGGAAACCAUUGCGCCGUGGGAAGAUUACAAUGUCGGCCAGUGUUUUGCCAAGAGCAAUUAUUCCAAUACACUCAACAAUGAUGAUUCGCACGAACCCAUUCCGGGUCUGCUCCCCGUGGACUCGCGGGACGCCGCGGGCGCCCAACGAUAUCACACGUACGAAUUGGACGUCACGGCAUCCGGUUUGGGAUAUUUACCCAUGAAACAAUUCGAAGGACAAUCGAACGCCUACGGAUUUGACCGCAAAUAUGGAUUGGAUACCAUCUCCUCGUCGGCCAUCUCCUUUCACUAUUUGCAAUCGUCCGCCGUCAUUCGACGCUACGAAAAAUUGUUGUACCGCAGAGAUCUAGAUUCCACAGAUUGUCCCGUGGAGGUGCCGGCCAAACAUGGGGGCGCCAUACCGUACAAGUACUGGUGGCCCCUAUGGAAAUCACGGUUCCUUUUUUCGAAACUGUGA